CGUAGGAACAGGAAGUUUGGAAACAGGAAAAAUCUGAGAGGGGAAGAACUUUCUGUUUUUAUUUAUUUAAAGAUGAGCAGAAUUUAUCACAACGAGUCUUUACAGAACAAACCUGUACACAAUGAGAGAUAUGACCGUGUGUGGUCCCCCUCCUCAUAUGAAAGUGGUCCUGGGCUGCUGCUAGAAGGAAAGCUGCUGGAUGUUUCCAGACAUUCAAUUAGUGAUGUCAAAGGUCAAAAGGUUCGUUUCUAUGUGAUUUACAUCAAACCCAGUCGCAUCCACCAGAGGAAGUUUGAUGCCAGUGGGAAGGAAGUGGAGCCAAACUUUAGUGACACCAAAAAGGUCAACACUGGUUUCCUCAUGUCCUCCUACAAGGUGGAGGCUAAGGGGGAGUCGGACCGUCUGACUGAAGAGCAGCUUUCUGCGAUGAUUAACAAAUCUGAGCUGGUUAAAAUCACCGACAAGCACCGACCGUCUGGGACAUGGGCCUUCUGGUACCCAGAGUCGGAGAUGGACAAAACAGAGCUGGAAGCGGGACAGGAAGUACGUCUGAAGACCAGAGGAAACGGUCCUUUCAUAUUUUCUUUAGCCAAAGUGGAUGGUGGAAAUGUGACCAAGUGUAACUUCGCAGGCGAUGAAAAGGCCGGAGCCUCAUGGACAGACAAAAUAAUGGCCAAUAAGGCGGAUGCCGGCGAUUCUCAGCAGCCCGAAGGAGGAGGACAGGGAGCAGAGGAGGAUGAAUGGGAUGAUUGAGGAAACCACCUCCUCUCAUCAGCUCUACCUCUGGCUGGAUGUUAAGCAGUCCUCUGGCCUCCAGGCUGAAAACCGUACGUCACGUCCACAGCUUGGGACAAAAAAACACUUUCUCUCUGUCAGCGUUGUGUACUUUACAUUUCUCUUCUUGUAUUCCCACACACUCGCACGCUGCCAUUAUUUACCUUUCCAAAUUGGAAGACGGAUAAUAUUUAAAGCCUGUUCCACAUGAACAGCUGUUUCCAGUUAAAAAGCUUUGUCUCACUGCACAUUUUUAAUUUUCUUUAGCUUUCGAACUUACAAAAACAUCUGAUUAUCAUCUGUCCACGACUAAAUGAUUUCUACAAAAGG